UCAGGCUCGAUAUUUUUUUUUUGUAAAUAUUUUUCAAUUAGGAAUUUAUUUGGAUAGAGUUUUGGUUCACUACGAGGUGAGUCCGAGGGGAAGCUGGCCGGAGUUUUGAUAAGUUUAGACCGAGAGAAGGCUGUGGCGUUGGGUACCAAAUACGUUGCAUGUCCAUCACUCCAAUUUCGCGAUUGGAACUUUCCCGUGUGUCGCACGUGAGGGGUAUAAGAUGAUCUCGUAUCGGAACCGGGUCCGAGUGUCGCCGACUCUCUCCAAGAAAGUUCCGAAAGCGGCCAUCAACAGUGAACGAUGAGGCGAUCCGCGGAGGCCAUUGCAUCUCUUCUUCUUCUUCUCCUCUCAUGCCACCUUCCAUCCGUCCUCGCAGGUGCCGCCAGCCUUGGUGAUGGGUACACGAUUGCUGGUCGCGUGAAGUUAGAAGGUUCAGGUAAGACAACCAUAGGUUUUGUUCCUCCUAUGAAAAAUUCGAAUGCAAAAGUGAUACUUAAUGGUGGUCAGAGGGUCACUUUUCUUAGAGAAGAUGGCUAUUUUUCAUUCCACAAUGUGCCAGCUGGGACUCAUCUCAUUGAAAUAUCCGCAAUGGGCUAUUUCUUUUCACCGGUUCGCAUUGAUAUUAGUGCCAGAAAUCCUGGUAAGAUCCAGGCAGCACUGACAGAGAAUAGGAGGGUUCUGCAGGAGCUAGUUUUGGAGCCUUUAAGAGAAGAGCAGUAUUAUGAGAUGAGGGAACCAUUUUCCCUAAUGUCUCUAUUGAAGAGUCCUAUGGGUUUAAUGGUGGGUUUUAUGGUGAUAGUUGUGUUCCUCAUGCCGAAAUUGAUGGAAAAUAUGGAUCCAGAAGAAAUAAGAAGAGCCCAGGAGGAGAUGGGGGCGCAAGGUGUUCCUUCCCUCUCCAGCUUGUUGCCUGGAAGGAGCAACUAAAUUGCAGAAUUCUGUAUUGACUCAAACAAGGUUGUGUUGGUGAUUUUGCUCCGUGAAUGCUUUGGAAGAAGCGGUAAAGCUUGGGAGACAAAUGUUUCCAUCAAAAUGGAAGCUUUGAUGCUUGUUUUUGUUCGUGUAGCAUAAUUAAUGUCGGUGACUCUAUGCCAUUUGCCCAAUGAAGAUGAUCAGAAUCUAAUAUAUA